GUCAACCCGAGCUAUUUUAAAUAAAGCUUUGAGGAGCAACUGCUUAUCUCCUGUGAAGAAGGGGUGGGAACACUGCACAAACAGAUUGCCUAAUUGCACUGUUUAUCGAAGAAGGAAUAAAAGGGCGGGGGUUUUCCUCAUUUUUUUACUACAGGAUCCAUCGUUACACGACCGCUGAAACCAUGGCUGAAAGCGACUGGGAUACCGUGACCGUCCUGCGGAAGAAGGGUCCGACUGCGUCGCAGGCCAAAUCCAGACAGGCCAUCACUGCGGCACAGAGAAGGGGAGAGGAUCUUGAUACCACAAAGAAAUGGUCCGCAGGACAGAACAAGCAGCACCUGGUGACGAAGAACACAGCGAAGCUGGACCGGGAAACGGAGGAACUGCACCAUGACAGAGUGCCGCUGGAGGUGGGCAAGGUCAUUCAGCUCGGCCGCCAGAACAAGGGCUUUACUCAGAAAGACCUGGCCACUAAAAUCAAUGAGAAGCCCCAGAUCAUUGCUGACUAUGAAACCGGGAAGGCCAUACCCAACAACCAAGUCAUGGGCAAGAUCGAGAGGGCUAUCGGGCUGAAGCUACGUGGGAGGGAUAUUGGACAACCCCUCGAAGCAAAGCCCAAGAAAAAAUGAAGACAAAGCCUCGAAAUCAGCUCCCUUCCCUUGCCCCCCCACCCCCACCCCCCCACUCCUUUCCUUGGAACUGUGCAUCCCUUGCUAGUACCUCCUUCCCCACCCCCACCCCUCCCCUUCUGGGCUGACAUCAUCUAGUUCUUGCUGGUAGGCUGGGUGUUCCGCAUCAUUGCUAAGCUGACCAAUGGGAAGUCAACAUUAUUGCACACAGCAGCAAGUGAAUAAUAACUGAAUCCUAAAGUUUUGUGGGGGGGGUUUUUCCUCUAAUUUUUAUUUUAUUUGAUUUGGGUUGGCAUGUUUGCUUUUUGGAAAAGUUGCUGGAUUUUAUCUGGGGUUAAUGGAGCUUAUUGAUGCUGCUUCUUAUUUAAAGAAUACAUCAUCCACUUUAAUCAUGCUUUAGUCAACCUUUUUGCUCCUUUUCACUUUUUUGGAGCUCAAAGAUGAGAAUUUGCUUGAUUUGCUUUUAAACCGUUUCCUUUGUACUGCAAAUAAAGAUCGAACUCUUUGCCAGA